AUGAGGCUGGCGCACCGGCCACCCACGGUGGCUGCCACGGAGCCGUGGACCGAGAACAAGGCCCCGGCGCUGGCCCCGGCGCUCGAUCAGUCGCAAUUGAGCUUCGCACCAGUCAAGAGCGCCGGCAGUUCUGCUCCGAUCUGUGGCGCCGGUGCCGUAUCUUUCUUCUUUGACGCGCGCGAAAACUGCGAUCAGAAGCUCGUCACUCGCGGCAAUAAGCUACUUCCGAAACUCGUGCAACUGCGAAUCGAGACCGACGUCGUGUCGCGGGAAUCGUACAUCAAAUCGAUCCCACUGCGGGUGCUGAAUUGCUUGGAACACGUGUCUGCCGUUGACUGCGGGAAACGGUAUUUGUUGCAGAACAUGGAAUCGAAGAGCUACCGGUUCGCCAACACCGGCAACUUCACCCACGACGUUCAGCAGGUGCUGCUACCGGGCUACCGGUCCGCGGACAACAAGCUGUUCAGCGAUCGGCUGCUCGCGCUGAACGGAAGUGACGUGAACGAGCGAAUCGAUCGCGGUCUGCGGUUGCUGUUCAACGAACGGAUCGUCGAUCUGCAGCUGGUGCCUGGGCUGGCCGUACGGUUAACACCGAGCGGCUCGGACCAGCUGGAGUUCUCCGUCAAGAAAGCCUUGGCCGUCGUGGACGGCGAAGUCGGUCGGGACAAGGCGAAGAAGGGCCUGAAAACGGUGUUGCAGCUGGGUGUACCGUUGAUACUGCUACCGUCGAUGCUACUGGCGGGCAUCCUGCCCAUGGUUUUGCCCGUCCUCAAGUUCGCUACCAUUUUCUCGAGCAUCGUGAACCACGCCGCCCUCGCCGCGGCAAUAAUGUACCUGGCGAAGCAGCACGCCGCCGAGCAGGAGAGCAAACAGACGGUGUACUUCAACGCGGGCUACAACUAG